UCAAGUAGUAUUCAAACGUGAAGAGCGACUUUUUACUUCGUAACGCUGAAAAGAAAUACAACUCGUUAAUAAAAGGUGCUGUGUUGACUCAUUUUGAUAAUUUUGACACAUGCGCUGAUUGGCCGACUGGAAGUUACGUUUAGCCAACUUUACAAAUCAGUGUCGUUCCGGUCACCGUUGUCGUGGAGUCAGUGAAGUUUAGUGUUGGAAUUUUUACGUGUUUUAACAUCAAAAAAUGGCGUCUGGUGUGACAGUGUCGGACGCGUGCAAAACCACGUACGAGGAGAUAAAGAAAGACAAGAAGCACCGCUACGUGGUGUUCUACAUCCGCGACGAGAAGCAGAUCGACGUCGAGACCGUCGGCGAGCGCAACGCUGAAUACGACCAGUUCCUCGAGGACCUGCAGAAGGGCGGCACCGGCGAGUGCAGAUAUGGGCUGUUUGAUUUUGAAUACACACACCAGUGUCAAGGCACGUCGGAGGCCAGCAAGAAACAGAAGCUCUUCCUCAUGUCGUGGUGCCCAGACACCGCCAAGGUUAAGAAGAAGAUGUUGUACUCUAGCUCAUUCGACGCGCUGAAGAAGUCGCUGGUAGGCGUACAGAAGUACAUCCAGGCGACCGACCUCUCGGAGGCCUCGCAGGAGGCCGUCGAGGAGAAACUGCGCGCCACCGACCGCCAGUAAACGCAUUUACCGCAUCGUACGCCAAACGCACCGACGUGCUACGUUCCACCGCAGUUUAGCGAGCGCACAGUGGGGGAACACUUACCAGACCAACGGGGCCAGUGCGGGAAUUUGACAAUGUGAUGGUCGCCUUGGCUGUUAUACCGUAAAAUGUAGAGUUUAACAAAUAACGCGUAUAGGCUUUUAAAACUUGACUGUGUCUGUUUAUUAAAAGACUUGGAUGUAAUACUCAAUUUUGAUAAAUACUAUAAAAAAAUUGCUGAGUUUAACAAUCUGAUCAAACAGGUUUUAGCUUCAGCUUUGGCAACAAGAACCUUAUUUUAUGUUGUACUGUGAUGAUGAAACAACAAAAGCCUUGUCUUGAAAAUGUUCAUACACUGUUGGUUAUUUUUGAGCAUAAAAAUUGCUCAUUCAAUUUUGAAAGCCUGCUACUUUGUCUAAUCAUAUAGCCACUAUGUAUCUUAUUUAUUAACUUAUGGCUAUGACUUUCGGUAUGGUUGGUUGUCUAUGGUUUUUCAAGCCCCCAAAGCUCUGUUGGUCUGCUGAAUUAUAUCUCUGAACUGUAUGAUCUCUUAACUGUGGUUUAACUAUAGUCCCGCAAAACUAAAUGCGACUUAGCGUUGUAAUAGCUAAGUCUGUGAAAGUAUUUAAAUUGUAAUUAUUUAAUUUAUUAAUUUUAAUAGGAUAAAAAUAACAUUUAAUAAUUAUUAUAAAUUGAUUUUUAACUCUAUUGAACAGUAUUGUUUAAUUAUAAAUUGUGGGGGUAGUUUGAAAUUAAAUAAACCAGGAGUUUAUAAUUUUGCGCGACUAUAGUUAUGUAACGGUUUUUUUUUUGUAAUCGAAAGGAGUUGUGCGCUCUCAGUGAAAUAAGUAAUAAGUUCUUUUGUACUUUCAGACCUUAGCUUGAUACAAACGUACGGUUAACCGCAGGUGUACAUAUAUAGUGAAUUAACUAUAUUAAACUAGACUGCACGGUGUAGCAUAAGGGAUGUUUAUGUAAUAAUUUAAAUUAUAACUAAUUAUUAUAUAUAUUUUUCCUAUAAAAUAACUAAAGAGUUAAGGUAAGCUCAAACUAAAUUAAUACACACGAUAAAAAGUACACUCAAGUGUGUGCUUGGUGUUUCUUUUCUACCGCAAUACGAAAAUUCGGCUUUUUUUAUACAUUUUAGAUUGUAAAUGUGGAGAUACGUCAUCAAAAUCGCUACAUCUUCGUUUGGUAUUCGUCGUGCUAACGCAGAUAGCUUGUAAAAGCGGCCACGUGGCCGGUUGAUAAGUAUUUUGUAACCGAUUUAUUCAGAAAUACACUCGAUAUAAGUGAA